CUGGGACUGCAACAACUCUUUAUCAGUUCCUAAAAGAAAGCUGUAAUUCGUCUAUAAAUGCAGAUGUGAGCAUAUUCCCAGCGUGUUCCGUGGCUGGUAUUCCAGGUGUAAAGAAAUGGUAUUUUGCCAGUCAUGUUAUACGCGGUUAUUAUCAGUUUUGCAGUUCUGACUGGGAGGAAAUAAAUUUUGACACACAGGAAAAUGAAGACUCUCUCCAAACAAGUAUUGACGAAUGCCUAGGAGCCAUACAGAAUUUUGAGGAAGAUGACAAUAACAGUAGAGAGUCGCUGUCUAUGACUGAUAUCUAUGAUGAAGCUGCAGAAAGUUUGCAUCAACUAGCUGAUAAACUGCCUGCCCCAGGCAGAGCAAUGGUGGAUGUAAUACUGCAGGCUGUUGAACAAGAUGGACCCAAGUUAAAAGACUGCUUACCUGCUAUCGGUGCCCUGAAACACCUGAGAGAAUGGCACUCUGCACAAAUCACUAUUGCAGCAAAUGACUCUAAAAGCAGCUGGCAAAAGAUUGCAGACUAUCUCUCAGCAGACUUUGUAUCUUCAGAUAAUGUCAUGAAUAUUAUUGAUUUAAAAGAACUCUGGAGAGGAAAGAUUCAGAUAUGGGAAAGAAAGUUUGGAUCAGAAGUUAGCUUUCCAGAAUUCUGUAUGAAGAGCACUUCAGUAAAGACAUUCAGCACUCCACAUUUCGGUUCUCACUUUGCUGUUAAAAAAGAGCAACAAUCCAGGAAUACAGAUGCUUUGCCAGAGAUUUUUCAUUACUAUGGUCCUGCACUAGAAUUUUUACAGAUGGUGGUGCUCUCUGAUCUACCUUCCUUUUUUAUAUCGGAUCUGGAAUUCGAGCUGAGCCUGGCAAGGAAGAGUAUCAAGGAGACCUCCGUGCUGCUUUUGGACCAGAUUUCUUCUCUCUCUGGGGAGGUGGGAGCUUUAUUUACAUUGCCAUGUAAUGUAAGCAGUGUAGUGAUCCCAUCCCCUGCCCAGCUGAGUACCAAGAAAUGGAAGGAAUAUAUGGCUAGGAAACCCAAGGUGAUUACUGUUCCAGAAAUUGAACUGAAAGGAGAAUCUUGCCGAUAUUAUUUCUUACUACAAGGCAACGGCUCUGGAGGAUGUAAAGCAACCUUGAUUCAUUCAGCUAGCCAGGUCAAUGGUAUGGCCACUCUUGCUGCAGUAAAUGGAAAGCUAAAAACAAAAGCAGAAGAAACAGAGACAAGCUUUGAUAUUGCAGACUUCAUGAAGUGUCUGCCACGUUUUUGUGGAAAGGAGAUUGUACAGAGGGAAAAGAAACUGCGUCAUCUGGAAGUGUUUGCCUUGAAGGAGUAUCUCAAGAGAAAGGAAUUGACCGAGCAGCCUCCAGUUAUUUCUGCUGAUGAGUUCAAGAACUUGUUAGAACUUACAAGGGAAUGUUUUUUGGGCCUGUGUGACACUAGGCUUCCUAAACCUGUUCUACAGAAAGUUGCCAGUAAAACUAGCGUUAUCCACCAUAUAUUUCUUGCAGAAUCUGAUUUAAUGGAGCAAAAUCCAUUGGAGUGGCCAGAAAGACAUGUUCUUCAGAAUUUGGAAAACUUUGAAAAAAACAAACAAAAAAUGAGAGUUUCUAUGUUUGCGCAUUCAUCUGAGCAGUUGCUGGGACAUAAAGAUAGCCAGCGGGAGUCAUUGACAUUGCUCGAUGCUAAAGAAUUACUGAAAUAUUUCACACCAGAAGGGUUACCAGUUGGUGAUCUUCAGCCACUACAAAUCCCCAAACGUGAAAAUGCAUUCCUUUUGACACCAGAGCUUAGUCCUCGAAAACUCAGAGGUUUGCCUUUUGAAAAAGCUGCUGGAUGCCAUUAUCAUGGACUUGAGUAA